UCUGUCCACGAAAAAAUCAUAAUGGUUCCAUGCACUUGGUUGCAUCCACUGUCCUCAGUCUGCUUUAAUGAUAAAAUCCAAUUCUCUGCAAGUCAGCAUCUCUCUUUUGCAAGAAGCAAAUGGUUCGUGCUCCCGGAGAGUGAGAGCAUCACCGACGUGUGGAGCAUCAAGCCUCCUGAUUUCUCUCUUAAGCUGUACAGAUCUCUGUCAGUUCCCCAGCAGAAAGAAAACAAGAAACAUGCAAAACUAUCUUUACCCCAGCUUAACAAGACAAAGAAUAAAGCUGGAAUAGUUCUACCAAAUGUUUUACACGAGAGUUACCAGAAGGAAGACCCUCCGAAGUUCAUCACAUCACACAGGCCUCCUGGCGCUCUGGAAACUGAACUGAUGUUUGUCAAGACUGGGAAGUUCCCCUCUGGGCCUUACAAGAACCACAAACCACACAACUUCAGGCCGCUCAAUGAGGACCUUCCAGACAUAGUUACUACAUAUGAGAGAGAUCCUGGAAACCUGAAUUUAAAAUUAAAGCACUUGGACAUUAUUCGCACCACUAGAUCCGAGUCAGACUUUAUUUUGAGGAACACCAAGACAACGAUGGACACCUAUAAACCUGCAGAGCCCAGAUGGGAUGCAAAACUAAUUCUCCCUCAGCCACUCUGGCCUCCAAAAUCAGCUUCCUAUACUAGACACAGGCGAAGAAGAGGAGCGUACAGCGCAUUCUUAGACCGCGUGGAGGAGAAACUCUCAAGAUCGUGGAAAAAUAGAUCAUGA